GAAUUUUUCGAGCAACGGAAAUAAAUUCUGACAUCGAAGCGAGAAGGAUAACGCCACCUGGACAUUGAUCUUACAAAUAUAUGAUUUUAUCACAGUUUACUUAUAGAUAUAUAAUAUAAAUCUGUAGAUACCUCAGAUAUGAAAACUUGGUGAUAACAAUACAGGCGUUACUGAGUUGCUCCUAAAGGACGUUGGUAUUAAUAAGUUGUAAAGAAGUUUACACGUGACACCUGAUACAUAGCAGUUAUACGUGAAGGAACCAUGGCAGGUAAGAAUGGUGCGUUGAAACUAGAGAAGCUGCGAAAAUUAAUGGCAGCUGUUAAGGUCCCAGGUGUCGAAGGAAAAGGUAUUCAAGCACUUGUCGUUAAGAUGGAGGAUGCUCAUCAGUCCGAGUAUAUAAAGGAAUGUGACCAGCGAUGUCGCUUCAUCUCUGGAUUUAGUGGUUCUUUUGGAACUGCCAUUAUUACCAUGGAUAAGGCCUUACUUUGGACGGAUGGACGAUACUUUCUCCAGGCAUUGAAGGAAUUUGAUCCUCCUGAUGCAUGGACAUUGAUGAAGUACGGAGUGAUGGAUACUCCUUCGGAGGCUGCAUGGCUGGUUUCCAAUCUGCCUUCGAAGUCGAUAGUUGGAGCUGAUCCUAACUUAAUAAGUUAUGCAGCAUGGGUACCUCUUGACAAUGCUCUUGUCGCAGCUGGGCAUCGUUUGAUACCGUUAAAAGAAAACUUGGUAGAUGAAGUAUGGGGAGAAGAGCAGCCACCGCUGACAUUACAAAACAUUCUUCCUCACCCAGUGAUUUAUUCAGGAGAGAGGGCAGGUGACAAGAUAGAACACUGUCGAAGAGAAAUGCAAAAGAAUCAAGUUACAACUCUUGUUGUUACCGCCUUAGACGAUGUUGCCUAUGUACUUAAUUUAAGAGGUUCCGACAUACCCUGUAACCCCGUAUUUUUUGCAUACGUCGUUAUAACAUUGCAAGAUGUUCAUUUCUUCGUAGAAGAGUCAAAACUAACGGCAGAAGCGAAAGAGCAUUUAAUAGAAGAAGGUAUAUGUCCAAAAUAUCACCCAUACAAGGAAUUGCGAAGCUUUUUAAAACAAAACAGUUGUGUAAAUGGAGAGAAUGAGAAACUGUGGAUUAGUUAUACAUCCAGUUACAUCUUGCACAACGACUGCAAAGACGUUAGGAAGCACACGACCAUUACACCUAUUAGUUUAAUGAAGACUAUUAAGAAUUCUGUAGAGAUCGAGGGAAUGAAAGCUGCAUACAUAAGAGACUCGGUAGCUCUCGUCAAAUAUUUCUCUUGGCUAGAGGAUCGAGUCAAAAGUAAAGACAAAGAAAUCACAGAAAUCAGUGGGGCCGAUCGACUUGAAAAAUUCAGGCAGCAACAAGAUAAAUUUGUGCAGCUAAGUUUUCCGACUAUAUCUUCGGUUGGACCACAUGCUGCUAUAAUUCACUAUAUCACAUCACCUGCCACAAACGUACCGAUAACUGAUCAAGAGAUUUAUCUAUGUGAUUCCGGGGCACAGUACCAAGAUGGAACGACGGACAUCACUAGGACUCUACACUUUGGCAUUCCGUCAGACUAUGAACGAGAAUGUUUCACUCGUGUGUUCAAGGGACAAUGUUUGCUAUCGACAACAAUAUUUCCAUUGAAGAUACAAGGCAAUCAUCUAGAUUCGUUGCCACGUAGAUACUUGUGGGCCGUAGGCCUGGACUAUUCUCAUGGUACUGGACACGGAGUCGGUGCCUAUUUAAAUGUGCACGAAUCACCCAUUGGGAUCUCUUGGCGGCCAAACCCCGACGAUCCUGGCCUCGAAGCUGGCAUGUUUCUUUCCAAUGAGCCUGGAUAUUACGAGGAUGGUAAAUUUGGUAUUCGACUGGAGAAUAUCGAAUUAGUAGUCAAAGCGCAGACUCCUCACAAUCACAAAAAUCGUGGAUUUCUCACCUUCGAAACGGUGUCCCUCGUCCCGAUUCAGACCAAACUGCUCGAUUUCUCGAUGCUUACCGACACCGAGGUCGAGUAUUUAAACGCGUAUCAUCAAAGGUGUCUCACAACUUUGGAGCCAUUGCUACAGAAAGAAGAGGACCGGCAAGCUUUGCAGUGGCUGAGAAGAGAGACUCAACCUAUUCAUAAAUAACAUUUCCUUAAGAAUACGUAAAAUCGACGGCAAGAUAUGUACAUACAUGCAUAAUUACCUCUAUUUCUCGUUUCUACAACGUACAAUAAAAAAUUGUUAUCAUUCCAUUGCGGGACCAUUCCUACACUUUAAGUUUCAACGGUCAUUCUGUCGACUCCAUGCGUUCUCUGUCAUUGGUUAGAAAUAAAUUCUUUGAAAACGC